ACUGGAGACAUCCAUGGGGUCUUUAGAAAUGCUUAGCUAUGGAGACUCUGAGUCUCAACUACACCAAAAUCCCGAAACAAGUAAUACCAGGGGUCCUUACCAUCAACUCUCAUCUUCUUCGAUCGACCUUCAAAUGUUGGCGCUUCUCCUUCAAUACCCAUCUUCACACUCCGUGCAGCAGUAGAAGAAACCUUUCCCUCAGAAUCGGGUGCAAGCUUAAAAUUUCGAGAGAUGGCAAGAACAAACCCAUCCCCAAAAAAAUCAUCCUCUCAGAGGGUGCACCUACUCUGUCAGAAGACGUCUCUGGAAAUGGGAAAAUUCCGGCAAAGUCCCGGAAUUCGGGCACAAUUCCAAUGAUGGGGUUCUUUAGAAGUGUGCCAAGAAGGUUAUUAACUGUUCUCUCUAAUCUGCCUUUGGCAAUUGGAGAAAUGUUCAUAAUUGCGGCUCUUAUGGCUCUUGGAACUGUCAUUGAUCAAGGUGAGGCCCCAGAUUAUUACGUCCAGAAGUACCCCGAAGAAAAUCCUGUCUUCGGAAUUUUCACUUGGAGAUGGGUUCUCAGCCUUGGGUUCGACCACAUGUUCUCAUCUCCUGUUUUCCUCGGAAUGCUUAUUUUGCUUGCUGCAUCGCUUAUGGCCUGCACUUACACAACUCAGAUCCCCUUGGUUAAGGUUGCACGAAGAUGGUCUUUCAUGCAUUCCGCUGAGGCUAUCCUCAAACAGGAAUUUGCAGAUACUCUGCCCCGAGCAUCUGUGCACGAUUUGGGAGUAAUUUUAAUGGGUGCUGGAUAUGAGGUAUUCUUGAAAGGACCAUCUUUAUAUGCCUUCAAGGGAUUGGCAGGUCGUUUUGCCCCAAUUGGAGUACAUUUAGCCAUGCUACUAAUAAUGUCUGGAGGGACACUCAGUGCUGCAGGAAGCUUCCGAGGCUCAGUCACUGUUCCACAGGGACUUAACUUCAUUCUGGGAGAUGUAAUGAACCCAACAGGGUUCCUCUCUACUCCUGCACAAACUUUCAAUACUGAGGUCCAUGUCAACAGAUUUUACAUGGACUAUUAUGAAAGCGGGGAGGUGUCACAGUUUUAUACUGAUCUUUCACUAUUUGACCUUGAUGGGAAGGAGGUGUUGAGGAAAACAAUUAGUGUGAAUGACCCAUUAAGGUAUGGAGGGAUCACUAUGUACCAGACUGAUUGGGGGUUUUCAGCACUCCAAGUACUUAAGGAUGGUGAAGGACCUUUCAAUUUGGCUGUGGCACCUCUGAAACUGAAUGGGGACAAGAAGCUUUUUGGGACCUUCCUACCAGUUGGUGGUGCAGAUUCUCCUAAUGUGCAGGGAAUAUCAAUGAUAGCUCGGGAUCUUCAGUCAAUAUUUCUAUAUGAUCAAGAGGGGAAAUUUGUUGGAGUAAGGCGCCCUGGCUCAAAGCUACCAAUUGAUAUAAAUGGUAUAAAAAUUGAAAUUGUAGAUGCCAUUGGGAGUAGUGGCCUGAAUUUGAAGACUGACCCAGGAGUGCCGAUUGUUUAUGCUGGGUUUGGCGCUUUGAUGCUUACGACUUGCAUCAGUUUCUUGUCUCAUUCACAGAUUUGGGCCUUGCAAGAUGGAACAAUGGUGGUUAUUGGAGGAAAGACAAAUAGAGCAAAGGUUGAAUUUCCAGAAGAGAUGAAUCGCUUGCUUGAUAUGGUUCCAGAAAUUGUAGAAUCGUCUCUUCCUAAACAAUCUGAAAGCAUUACUCCCUAGUUUUCUGGGCAGA